CACACUGAAGACCCGUAGAAGAAGGCGUGCCUAGUAACGCGGUUGUCAGGAAGACAUUGGAGAGAAAACGUGUGCAUCAAUAUGAUUUGUUUACCUUUUGACUGAUAUGGUAGCCGUGUUUAUGAACACGUUAGGCUACUUAUCGAUAUUUAUUUCGGGUUUUAAGAUUGGUAUCGGUUCAGUGUAAGUUCAUCGUCCUGGAUCUCCUCAGUCCUCUCGGUUGGGUGGAGUGUUUUUCUUCAUUCUGCUGGAAUUCGUCCCCCACAUCGUCUCCAGGAUGACCGCAGGGUUCAAGACCACAGUUUAAGAACCAUCAAUGUUCAGUCUAGAAGAGUGUGAGUGAUCUAGUUGACGGGUGUCUUUGUGGCACCUCUCAUCAGUUGUUAUGGGUACGGCAUCCUCUCUGGUGAGCCCCGGUGAGGUGAUUGAGGAUGUGUAUGGGGGUGAGGGAGGCGAGGCGUGUGAGAUACCGGUGGAGGUGAAGCCAAAGUCACGUCUGCUGCAGAGCUCCUUCCGCCGUGGGCCUCGUGUCAUCGGCGCCAGCUUCAAAUCUACCGGAUCGGUGGAACUGGAGUAUGCGGCUGAGAAUGAGCGCCUCAGGAAAGACUAUGAGAUCUUUCGGGUCAGCAAGAACAAUGAGAUCGCUUCUAUGCAGAAGAAAGAAGCCAAGCUGGAUGAGGAGAACAAGAGACUGCGCGCUGAGCUGCAGGCUCUUCAGAAGACUUACCAGAAGAUUCUUCGAGAGAAGGAAAGUGCCCUGGAGGCAAAGUAUCAAGCCAUGGAGAGAGCUGCCACCUUUGAGCAUGACAGAGACAAGGUCAAACGGCAGUUUAAGAUAUUCCGGGAGACUAAAGAAAAGGAAAUUCAGGAUUUGCUGCGGGCAAAACGAGAUCUGGAGUCAAAACUUCAACAGCUGCAGGCUCAAGGCAUUCAGAUUUAUGAUCCAGCAGACUCUGACUCAGACGACAACCACACUACUGUCACCACCGCAGGAACUCAGUGUGAGUACUGGAGUGGUGGCAUAUUGGGCAGCGAGCCGUCCAUGGGCAGUAUGAUGCAGUUGCAGCAGACACACAGGGGUCCAGAAUUCGCUCACAGUCUCAUUGACGUGGAGGGGCCGUUUGCUAAUGUCAGCAGAGAUGACUGGGAUGCGGCCGUAGCCAGUCUGCUGCAGGUUUCUCCUCACGUCUCUCAGGCUCUGUGGAGUAACACAGUCCGCUGCUACCUCAUAUACACACAGGAGACCAAAGCGGAGCUGCAGGCCUUUAUACAAACUCAUUCUUUGAGGCUGCAGAGGUUUUGUGAGGGUUUGGGUCAUUUCUACCUGAAUGUGUCAUUUUCUGAGGAGAAAGCUGCUCUGUAUGCUGCUGAACGCAGGCAGGAGAUCGAGAGGAGCUCUGUGUGUGUGCUGCUACUCAAGUCCACAGUGUCCAGUUGUGUUAUAGAGGAUGUGGAGGAAGCAUUUGUGAAAACCCCAGACUCUCGGCCUCUCUUGCUGUAUUUGCGAACUGGUGAGAGAAAAGGAGAAAAGGAAGAGGUCUUCACCCUCAGCCCAUCCACUAGAGACUUGCUGGAGAGAGUUAACAAAGCUGACAAGAGUGCCAAACUUAAGGUAGUGGAUCAUGCAGGGUCUGUAGAGGAAGGAGCUGCUCUUAUCUUCACUCAACUUGAGAGAGUUAUCAAACAGGAGUUGUUGGGUUUGGAGUUAGAAGAGAGUGGAGCGGUGGAGGAGAGAGAAGAGGAGGACUCUGGUGAUGUGCUGUGGGAUCUUCAUGAUGAGCAGGAGCAGACUGAGGCAUUCCAGCAGGCUUGCAGCACCGCUUCCAGAUUCAGCUUCCAGAAGUAUGUCGACCAACUCAAUGACAUGGUAGCCGCCCCUCCACCCACCCCACCACUGCUGGUAUCUGGUGCACCUGGAUCGGGCAAAUCACUUCUGCUUGCUAAAUGGAUAGAGUUACAGCAGAAAAACUCUCCCAACACCCUCAUCCUGUAUCACUUCACUGGACAUCCUCUCUCUACCAGCACAGAUCCAGUGCUCAUCAUUAAGCGCCUCACAGUGAAGCUGCUCCAGCAUUUCUGGUCUAUUUCCGGUCUCUCGAUGGACCCUUCUAAGAUCCUCGAAGAGUUCCCACGCUGGCUAGAGCGGCUGUCUGCGCGUCACCAUGGCAACAUCAUAAUCAUCAUUGACUCCAUUGACCAAAUACAGAAUGCUGAGCGGCACUUGAAGUGGCUGAUUGAUCCUCUUCCUGCUAAUGUGAGAGUCCUGGUGUCAGUUAAUGUGGAGACCUGCCCACAGGCAUGGAGAUUGUGGCCCACACUGCACCUGGACCCACUCAAUCCCAGAGAGGUGAAGAGUGUCAUCAGCACAGAGUGUGUGAACAGCGAUAUCAAACUCACCAAAGAUCAGGAAAAGAAGUUGGAGAGACAUUGCCGUUCAGCUGCAACUUGCAAUGCACUCUAUAUCUCAUUACUGGCAAGACUUAUUACACACUCUAAAUCCUCCUGGACAUUGGAGACGACUCUACAGCAGUGUGUGUUGUGUCAAGAUACAGUAUCGCUAUACAGACUGGGUCUGAAGGCGGCGCUAGACUCACUCAGCACGGAUCAGGAAAAACACAUCAUGAAAGAGUUAUUGUGCCUUGUAUGUGCCAGUCACAACGGCAUCAGUGAAUCAGAGGCUUUGGAGCUGUUCCCAGACCUGAGUUUUCCCGCUCUCAACUCACUGCUCCACAAUCUGGAGAGACUCCUCAUCAUUACCUACGCCUGUGGCCUCAUUCGCUUUCAGCACCCACAGGCAUGUGAAGCGGUCAACCAGGAGUUUCUAGAUGGGGGCAAAUGUCGUGGAUCCUACAGAGAGAAAAUCAUUUGGUUCUUCAGUGAACAGCUGAAGCAAGACAGAGUGACGUGGAGGGUGGCUGAUGAAUUGCCGUGGUUACUGCAGCAGCAGGAAGAUCGAAGUAAACUCCAGAUGAGUUUGCUUAACUUGUUUGUGUCCCAGAACCUGUACAAAAGGGGUCAUUUCUCUGAGCUGCUGACAUACUGGCAGUUUGUUGGUAAGGAUAAGUGCUCAAUGGCGACAGAGUACUUCGACUCAUUGAAAGAGUUUGAGAAGACCUGUGAGAGUGAGCAAAGCAUGAGCCAACUGGCCAACCUGUACGAGACACUAGGCCGCUUCCUUAAAGACCUGGGACUUCUCAGCCAGGCGGUGGCCCCCUUGCAGCGCUCCUUAGAGAUCCGUGAGACGGCUCUGGAUCCGGACCACCCAAGUGUGGCUCAGUCCCUGCACCAGCUGGCGGGGGUUUACGUUCAUUGGAGGAAAUUUGGAAACGCAGAGCAGUUGUACAAACAAGCUAUGGAGAUCUUUGAAAAUGCUUACGGCCCUGAACACAGCACUGUCGCUAGAGAACUAGACUCACUCUCGCUCCUCUACCAGAAACAAAACAAAUAUGAGCAGGCCGAGAAGUUGAGAAAGAGAUCAGUCAAGAUCAGACAGAAGACAGCACGACAGAAAGGCCACAUGUAUGGUUUUGCUCUCUUGAAGCGGCGGGCACUGCAGUUAGAGGAACUUACUCUUGGCAAAGACUCAGCAGAUUGUGCCAAGACUCUAAAUGAGCUUGGAGUGCUUUAUUACCUGCAGAACAAUCUGGAUGCUGCAAAAAUGUUCUUGACCCGUUCCCUGGAGAUGCGCCAGCGUGUGCUGGGGCCAGAUCACCCCGACUGCGCUCAAUGUCUGAACAACCUAGCCGCGCUUCACAGCGAAAGGAAAGAGUAUGAGAGUGCAGAGGAGCUGUACGAAAGAGCACUUGACAUCCGUAAACGAGCACUCGCCCCGGACCAUCCCUCUCUCGCCUAUACCCUCAAACACUUGGCCAUGCUUUACAAACGCAGGGGGAAGCUGGAAAAGGCAGUCCCUCUAUAUGAACUGGCUCUUGAAAUCAGAGAGAAGAGCUUCGGGCCUAAACACCCCAGUGUUGCCACCGCUUUGGUUAACCUUGCAGUGCUCUAUUGCCAGCUGAAGCAGCACAGUGAUGCAUUGCCUUUGUACGAGCGCGCUCUAAAGGUAUAUGAGGACAGUCUCGGCCGACUGCACCCUCGUGUUGGAGAGACUCUGAAAAACCUGGCUGUACUCAGCUAUGAAGAGGGAGAUUUUGAGAAAGCUGCUGAACUGUACAAGCGAGCAAUGGAAAUAAAAGAGGCAGAGCCAUCUCUGGUGUGCGGUAAGGCCCCCUCACCUCACUCAUCUAGCGGCGAUACCUUUAGCCUGCGAAGCCCUGCCCUGCCUCACACCUCAAGGUGACACCUCACACCUCAAUACUUACCAAGGUGAAACUCUUACCUCUAUUAAUGAAGCCAUAUUGGCCACACUUGAUGUGUUCAGGCAUGUGCUUGAAGUCUACAUGGAGCAAUCAAAUAUGGUAAGAAAACAUUGGAACAUGGUUCUCAUUCCUACUGUAAUUUACAGUAUGAAUCAUGUUUUAAUGUAUCAUUCAUUGCCACUGGGUUUAUAAAAGGUGCUCUCUGACUCUCAAAAAGGUAAAAUCCGAGAAAGUGUUUUAUACCUGUGAUUUUCAAUGACUGUUGAAAGACAACACUCCAUAGCAUAAGCAUACAAUGACAUUUCAAAUGUACUGCUGUUAAACUGUUAGGUGUAGUAGUGUUUAGUAAAGUCACUAUGACCAGAAUAGUGUUAUUUAUGGAAGGCCACCUCAGAGUGUAAAAUAAAUUUGCAAUUAUCAGAAAUUAUGUGAAAAAACACUAAAGUCAUGAAAUAUGAAGUAGCAAUUAGAAGAAAAGAAGUUGCAGUUACAAGAUAUAUAGUAGCAAUUAGGAGAAAUUGCAGUUACGAUAUUAGGAGUCACAAUUACAAUAAAUAAUGUUGCUAUGAGUAAGUAAUUUGGAGAAAUAACAUUAUAAUGUGAAUUUGGGUUACAAUUAUAUACAUUCACAAUUGUGAAAUAUGAAGUUAUGAAGCAGCAACAGCAAAAAAAAUAAAUUGCAUAUCAAGAUAUGAAGCCACAUUUAUGAAUUUUGAAGUUGCAACUGCAAGAAAUAGUGGUGCAAUUAUAUUUUUUCUUCUUUCAGACGGCAAAAGGCCUUCAUAGUAAUGAAGCAUGAUUGUUAAUGCAGUGCAAAAUAUUACUUGCAUUUUCUCUAUAUAUUUACUUGAUAGAAAAUUCAAGUUAUUUUCCUCUAAUUAUCACUAUGAGAAACUUUUUAUUAUAAACUUGAGUACAAGUCGAAUGACUUGGUUAAAGUUCAAAAUGUUGGUUGAAGAAAUAUAAUUACCUUGGUAUUUUAUACAACGUCAGUAUUCGAUUCUUCCAAAGCACUUUUCACUUGCAUGGUACAAAAACCUUUUGGAAAAGCUGAUGUGUGACCAAUUUCAGCACAUUUUUUCAGGUUUCUAUCACUGCUGCAUUCAGCAUAUGCAAACACAAAGUCGAGCGUAAUGGAAGUUCGCAUCAUUUCAUCAGCGUCUCAGCUCCUUCUUUUGGUCUAUGGCCUACUUCUUGUCAUGCUGUUGUAAAUUGCACAGUAUUAAUAAAGGACAGCUGUCAUACAUAGCCAUACAAAACACUAUAACAUGAUAUCAAAAUACAGGUAAUGAAUAAAAUAAGUCUGAUUUUAUUGUAUUCAAUAUCUUAUUUAUUGUAUAGGUCUCACAUUUUUGAGAAGCAUUUAAAUGGUUCAACACCACAGAACACAGCAUGUGCAAUAAUUAUGCUGCUUGUAAUGCAUAAUGACAGUGUCAAUAUAUGUAGUUUAGUUUAUACAAUGACUGUUUAUCUGAUAUUACGACCCAUAUUUUUGUAUUUGGAAAUGGUACUGCUGUUUGUUUUUUUACAUUUUGAAUUGUGAAUGUGAAAUACCUGGCUAUAUCGCACGUGUCUAGUGCUGAUGACUACCUGUUUACUUAGAAGAGACAUGUAUAAUGAAGGAAUAUAAAAUACUAAACGGAUGCAAAAUAGUGGAAAUGCCAAAAUCUCAUUUCUGAAUGUCUGCAAAUACUUAUGGGUGUUUAAAAACUAUUUGGCAUCAUUUUUGUAGAAAAAUCAUCUUUGAACUGUUAGAUUCUGGGAGAACAUCAGAAACUUCCAUUCUCUAAACUUCCAUUAUUGCUUGUAUUAUAUCACAUUGUUGUCAUACAAUUUGUGCCAGGUUUUUUUUAUACACUGCCAAAAGAGGUGUAGUUUAUACCCAAAUUCUUCUAAUGCACAUGAUCCAUGCACAAAAUAAUAUUGUGUAUUAUCUACCAAUAAAUGCAUAAUUGAAUGACAAUAACAGUUGUAGUUAUUCUUUCUCAAUGCAGAGGAAAACUGAUUUCACAACUAUUGCUAAGGCUUCUUUAGAUUGAUCUAGUUUAAAUGCAGGAAAAGCAAAAUGGAAAGUAACAACAAUAAAUUUAUUUUUUCAUUUGCAUUAUUACAAUGUUAUACCAUUCAAUACAGCAGUCAGAAUCAGGCCGACGAUGAAAUGUGAAAUAUUUGUGUGAUAAUCUUUAUAACAUCUGGCUGGGUGUCUACAAGCACAUUCAGUAUUAGACAUGACAAUAACAUAUAUAGAUGUGUGACUGAAGUCAUAUCCAUUUCUGUCACAUAGCUGUUAACAACAGCUAUUUAAAAACAAUCUUUCAGAUUGGUUCUAUUUACCAUUCCAUGCUCUGAAACAUUAACACUGUGAAAUAAAAGAUCAGCAGUAUUAAGACUUUCAGUUGAAGUAAACCUGUAAGCAUCUUGAGUGUUACAGGCUGCUUGCAAAAACAGAAAAAAAAAAAAAAACUAAA